AUGCACAUCGUCCCACGUCCCAGCACCAGCUUCGGCGCGCCCCUGCGGGCGUUCGUCCGUGGCAAGCGCACCAAGGCCGGCAGCGGCCUGUCGCCGGCCGCGCAGCGCGCCGCGACGCAGCUCGCGGUAAUGACCGCGCGCAAGAAGCAGCCGCGCCUGCUGCGCCUGUCGCCGGAGGACCUGGUCCGCCACCAGACGAUCCAGGCCUGCUGGAACGACUACCAGAAGACCGCACGUGAGGCGCGGAGCGCGCAGCUGCGCGAGCAGUACGCGAGCGUCGCGGCCGCGAUGGCCGAGCUCGAGCGCCUGGACGCGGGCCUGUUCCGCGCGGCGAGCGCGCCCGAGUCAGGCAAACGCUUCCCGCUGGAGCUGCGCGUACCCACGGAUUUCCCGCCGACGAAGCUGUGGCACUACGAGUUCAAGAACUGA